UAUUACUUUGUAUAAACAAAACGUUCAUCUGCACACCACCCAAGAAAGUUACAGAUUCCACUCAUUCUUUCUUUCUCCAACCUUAUUAUAUACUACAAUUAAAUUGCCUAAACAAAACAAAGAAAGGAAAAGCCUUAAUGCUGCUGCCCACAUUUUGCUUUUCCUAACAAUGGAGGCUUAAUGCCUUAAUGGGCUUUAGUGAUAUGCUAGUUUAUCUUUACAGCUAGCCAUUUUUGGUUGGAAUAAGCAAAAGGGUCUCUUUUGCUUUGUGGGUUCUCCUCCAUAUUUCCGUUUUUUGUUGCUAGAACUUGUUUUGGUGCACCGGCUGGAAAAAGGCAGCAUCAAUUGUGGCUUGAGCUUACAUUGGAGGCAUUAAUGGAGGAGUGCCUCUUGAUUCGAGUUCCAUAGUUUCUUUUCUUGGAACUAUUCUAGGUGUAUUGGGUUGAAGGUAGCUAGUUAUAAUGGGGGCUGCUGGACCUGCUGGCGGAGUUAAUAAAGUGUUAAUCGUAGUAAUGGUGUUUUUGGGGAUGUUUAUUGGGUGCAGUUGGUGUCAGGAUAAUGGAAAUGCAGAGGCUGCGGUGUAUAUUGUGACUCUCAGACAAGCCCCAGCUACUCGUUCCAAUGCAGAAGUCAAAGUAAAAGACCAGCAUUUUGGUAGUGCCGGUCCUAGCAGAAUGAAUAGACUGAACAGAACAAGUAAUGUUUCAAGAAGUGAUAGAGGCUAUGGUUCUUAUAUCUCUCGUGUCCAUGAUACUCUGCUGAGGAAGGCACUGCAUGGGGAAAAGUACCUAAAGCUAUACAGCUACCACUAUUUGAUCAAUGGAUUUGCUGUGCUCGUCACUCCGCAGCAGGCUGGGAUGCUCUCAGGGAGGCAAGAAGUGUCAAAUGUGGUUUUAGAUUUCUCGGUGAGAACUGCAACAACUCAUACACCACAAUUUCUUGGACUACCCCAAGGGGCAUGGGCAAAAGAAGGUGGAUCUGAAACUGCUGGUGAAGGGAUUGUUAUUGGAUUCAUCGACACAGGAAUUGAUCCAACCCAUCCCAGUUUUUCAGAUACUACAUCUGAAAAUUCAUAUCCAGUACCGCAGCACUUUACUGGCAUUUGUGAAGUAACUCCAGAUUUUCCAUCUGGGUCAUGCAACAGAAAACUUGUAGGUGCACGCCAUUUUGCUGCUUCUGCCAUUACUCGAGGGAUAUUUAAUGCUUCCCAGGAUUAUGCUUCACCUUUUGAUGGUGAUGGUCAUGGGACGCACACAGCUUCUGUUGCAGCAGGGAACCACGGGGUUCCUGUGGUAGUAGCUGGUCAUCACUUCGGAAAUGCCAGUGGAAUGGCCCCUCGUGCACACAUUGCUGUUUACAAAGCAUUGUACAAAAGUUUUGGAGGUUUUGCUGCUGAUGUGGUAGCUGCAAUUGACCAGGCUGCACAAGAUGGGGUGGAUAUAAUAAGCUUGUCCAUCACUCCAAACAGGCGUCCUCCUGGCAUCGCAACAUUCUUCAAUCCCAUAGACAUGGCCUUACUAUCUGCAUUUAAGGCUGGAAUUUUUGUUAUACAAGCAGCAGGCAAUACUGGGCCAUCACCUAAAAGCAUAUCUUCCUUCAGUCCAUGGAUAUUCACUGUUGGUGCUGCUGCCCAUGAUAGGAUAUAUUCUAACUCUAUACUUCUAGGAAACAAUGUCACAAUAUCUGGAGUUGGGCUCGCAUCUGGAACAAAUAAUACGAUGUAUACGCUUGUUUCUGCACUUGAUGCUCUGAGUGAUUCAAGUGCUGGGAAUGAUAUGUAUGUUGGUGAAUGCCAAGAUUCAACCAAUUUUAAUCAGGAUCUUGUUCAAGGAAACCUAUUAAUUUGCAGCUAUUCAAUUCGGUUUGUGCUUGGCCUGUCAACAAUCAAACAGGCUAUGGAAACAGCUAAAAAUCUUAGUGCAGCUGGCGUUGUGUUUUACAUGGAUCCUUUUGUCAUUGGUUUUCAACUUAACCCUAUUCCACUAAGUAUGCCUGGGAUUAUAAUUCCAACUCCAGAGGAUUCUAAGGUCUUACUGCGGUAUUACAAUUCUUCUUCGGAGAGAGAUGGAACUACAAAGAAGAUUGUUAAGUUCGGGGCAGUUGCAUGUAUUUCAGGUGGAAUAAAAGCUAAUUUCAGCUACUUAGCCCCAAAGAUUAUGUUUUACUCUGCUAGAGGACCAGAUCCAGAGGACACUUUCCUUGAUGAUGCUGACAUUUUGAAACCAAACCUUGUUGCUCCUGGAAAUUUUAUAUGGGCAGCUUGGAGUUCCCGUGGCACUGACUCAAUUGAAUUUCAAGGUGAGAACUUUGCAAUGAUGUCUGGAACGAGCAUGGCUGCUCCUCAUAUUGCUGGACUUGCAGCCUUGAUUAAACAGAAGUAUCCUACAUUCAGUCCUUCAGCCCUUGGAUCUGCACUUUCAACAACAGCUUCUCAACUUGACAAAAAUCAGGCACCCAUAAUGGCACAGCGUGCUUAUGCAAAUCCAGAACUGAAUCAGUCCCCAGCGACACCUUUUGACAUGGGAAGUGGUUUUGUAAAUGCAACGGCAGCACUAGAUCCGGGUCUUAUUUUUGAUAUCAGUUAUGAUGAAUAUGCAUCCUUUCUUUGUGGCAUAAAUGGAUCAGCUCCUAUAUUUCUAAACUACACUGGUCAGAGCUGCGGUGUCUGUGCUAUAAAUGCAACUGACUUGAACUUGCCUUCCAUCACAAUGUCUAGACUCAACCAGUCUCAAACAGUCCAAAGACUAGCAACCAAUGUCGGUGCAAAUGAGACCUACAGUGUUGGUUGGUUUGCUCCUUAUGGUGUCACUUUGAAAGUAUCACCAACUCACUUCUCACUCGCAAGUGGUGAGAGACAGGUCUUGAAUGUAUCCUUCACAGCCCAGAUAAACAGCACUUCUGCAAGCUUUGGAAGAAUAGGAAUCUUUGGACAUCUGGGUCAUGUUAUCAACAUACCUGUGUCAGUCAUUGUUAAGAUUUCAUACAACACUACAAGUGACACUAAUUUCUUGCAGUAGUUUUGUCAAGGUGUCCAAAUUAUCAAUUUUUUGCUCUGUACAUCCUUGUGUAGAUAAUUGAUGAUAAAUAACAGCAAUGUGAUUCCCUCUUUUUGCCUCUUA